UCUAUUUAGGCGUGCUGUCGAGCCAGUUACCCAGGUGUAUUUCGACAAACGUUCCCGUAGUAGAACUUGGUCAGCUGGUCUCCUCUUGAUUUCCAACUCGAACGAACAAUCAAUGAGUCAAACUCGUGGCUCGUGUAAAUGUUGAAAUUCAGGCACGUCGCGACGAAGUGCUCCGGUAAACAGAAUUGAGAAAAUGUUGCGGGUUUUCGCGUGGUUCGGGUUGCUGCACGUUUUAAUUGUGGUCGGUGGUCAGGAGCCGCCAGAGGUGGAGAUCAAAAAUGGUAAGAUGAGGGGCAAGUACAUGACCACCAGAGGGGGCAGGAAAUUUAGCGCCUUUACCGGUAUACCGUUCGCCAAACCGCCUCUGGGCGAAUUAAGAUUUCAGCCACCGGUUCCUGCAGAACCAUGGGAGGGAGUGUUGGACACGACCGUUAUCCACGGUAUCUGUCCGCAAAGGGACAUUUACCGAAGAUCCACCGAAAUCGAAGGCGAGGAGGACUGUCUGUACUUAAACGUUUACACCCCACAGCUGCCAAGUUACGGAAGUGACCCUCUCCCCGUCAUGAUCUUUUUCCACGGCGGCGGCUGGCUGUGCGGCGGCGGUAAUUCCCUCUGGUACGGGCCUGACAUAUUGCUCGAUAGAGACGUCGUCCUGGUAGUCACCAAUUACAGAUUAGGUGCACUUGGUUUCUUGUCCACCGGUGACGACGUUGUUCCAGGAAAUAACGGCCUGAAAGACCAGAAUCUGGCAAUAAAAUGGGUUAAAGAAAAUAUUAAUAUGUUCGGUGGAAAUCCCAAUAGCAUUACACUGUUUGGAGAAUCGGCCGGAGGUGCUAGUGUUCAAUAUCACAUGGUCUCCCCAAUGAGCAGAGAUUUGAUUUCUGGAGGCAUAGCUCAAAGCGGCACGUCUUUGUGUAUUUGGGCCCACGCACCAGAGGGCGAAGGCCCAAAGAACGCCAAAAAGCUGGGGGAAGCCUUAGGUUGCCCCACUGACUGCAACCAAAAGAUGGUGGAGUGCCUCCGAAAAAUUGAUGUCAAUAAAAUAAUUGAACAAGACACAGUUUUUAUGGAAUGGGACUUGGAUCCCAUGAUCCCGUUCAAGCCUGUAGUUGAACACAAACACGAGGGAGCCUUCCUCACUGAACACCCAAUUGACACAAUUAAAAAAGGAAAACAAGCCAAUGUUCCAUUAGUUGUAGGACUCAAUACUGAAGACGGUGCUUUAAGAGCUGCUGGUAUUUUUGGAAACCCUCAUUUAAUCGACGAGAUUAACAAGGAUUUCGAUAGAGUGAUUCCAAUCUCCCUUAUGUACGAUAAGACUGCCAAAGACAUUAAACAAAUCACCAAAAGGAUUAAGCAUUUCUAUUUCCACGACAUGGAUAUAACAAACUCAAGCAAAAGGGAAUUAGUGCAUAUGUACACUGAUGGUUGGUUUUUAAAUUGUGCUGAUGAAGCUGUCCGACUUCACAAAAAAUAUUCUAAACAACCAGUAUAUUAUUAUUUGUUUGGACACCGUGGUACAUCCAGUUUUACUAAAAUUUUUGGAGAUCCCACUCACGAUUAUGGUGUUUGUCACGCUGAUGAUUUGCAAUAUCUUUUCCCCGUCGGCGAUGGGUUGUUCCCUGAGCAUCCUCCAGACGAAGAUGACAAAAAGGUUGCUGAAAUUAUGAGUAAUCUUUGGGUCAACUUUGCUAAAACAGGUAAUCCUACUCCACAAAAAGAUAACGUGAUAUCGGAAAUAUGGGAACCUGUACAGACAGAUGACAUGGAAUAUUAUUUAAUAGAUGCAGAAUGGCAGGGGAUGAAAGAAGGUCUUUUAAUAGAAAGAGCGAAAUUCUGGAGAUCGCUCAACAGCAACCCAAGAAAGCAAUUAGCAAAAGAUGAAUUGUAGAUAAUACGUUAGGUUUAUAUAAAAUUUAGGUUUUAAUAUUCGUAUAAAUUUACAUAUAAUUUAA